CUGGAGUGUGAAAUCUGGUUAUCUGUCAAAACGGAAUACUUUAGGUCGGCGGCGGGAAUUCGGACCGGGACGCUUUCCUCGCGGCUUCCUGCGGCCGCCCACUCUCCCGGACGGCAUGCGGACGGCGCAUGCCGCGUGAGUCGGACUCGGGCCCCGCUGCUCUGCGUCAGGCUUCCGCCCCCCGGAGGAAUGACGGCCCCGUGGCGCUUGCUCUGGCUCACCCUCCUCCUGCCUCUGUGCGUCGCCCCGGCCAGGCUGCCCACCGCCCAGCCCACAGAUUCUGUCUCCAGCGAGUCGGCCUUCGUGGACGACUACGUCCUGGCCACGGGCGACGUCCUGGAGGUGCAGUGCGACCUGGAUGACCAGUCGGAGCCCGUGGUCUGGUACAAGGACGGAGCCGGCCUGGUGCAGGACAACCGGACGCGGGUGGGCCAGCGGAUCCUGCGCAUCAUCAACGUGUCCUACGAGGACUCCGGGGUUUACUCCUGCCGGCUGGCCCUGAGCAACACGCUGCUCGGCAACUACACCCUCAGGGUGACAGAUUCUCUGUCAUCUGGCGAUGACGAGGACUUUGACGAAGACCCAGUGGGUGCAGAAGCCCCAUACUGGACCCGGCCUGACCGGAUGGACAAGAAGCUGCUGGCCGUGCCGGCCGCCAACACGGUCAAGUUCCGCUGCGCCGCCAACGGCAACCCGACGCCCAGCAUCCACUGGCUGAAGAACGGCAAGGAGUUCCGGGGCGAGCAGAGGAUGGGCGGCAUCAAGCUGAGACACCAGCAGUGGAGCCUGGUGAUGGAGAGUGCCGUGCCGUCGGACCGGGGGAACUACACCUGUGUGGUGCGGAACAAGUACGGCACCAUCAGCCACACCUACCUGCUGGACGUUCUAGAGCGCUCGCCCCACCGGCCCAUCCUCCAGGCGGGCCUGCCGGCCAAUCAGACGGUGAUCGUGGGGAGCGACGUGGAGUUCCACUGCAAGGUGUACAGCGACGCCCAGCCGCACAUCCAGUGGCUCAAACACAUCGAGGUGAACGGCAGCCGCUACGGCCCCGACGGCGCCGCCUACGUCAACAUCCUGAAGAGCAAUGUCAGUAAGCACACUGUGGCCCACAGUAAGUUGAAACUGUCCAACGUGACAGAGAAAGAUGGCGGGAAGUACUGGUGUCGCGCCUCCAAUUUUGUAGGCAGGUCGGAAAAAGCCUUCUGGCUCAAAGUACACAAACCAGGUAACUGUCGAGCUCCGCUGGAAGAGACCACCUUCGCCACCCCCACCCCCAUCUUCUGCUGGUGCCUUCCCUGUUCCUGCUUGGUUACGGCUGGUAUUAACACCACAGAUAAGGAGCUAGAGGUUCUCUUCUUGACCAAUGUGUCUUUUGAGGAUGCGGGCGAGUACACUUGCCUGGCGGGGAACUCUAUCGGCUUUACUUUCCACUCUGCUUGGCUCACGGUGCUUCCAGCCGUGAACCCGGAGAAGGAAGACUACUACGCUGACAUUCUGAUUUACGUCACGGGCUGCGUGCUCUUCAUCCUCGCCGUGGUCAUCGUCAUCCUCUGCCGCAUGAGGAUGACCACGCAGAAGACUCUGCCCACGCCCCCUGUGCAAAAGCUGUCCAAGUUCCCCCUCAAGAGACAGCAGGUGUCCUUGGAUUCCAACUCCUCCAUGAACUCCAACACACCGCUGGUCCGGAUUGCCCGCCUCUCGUCCAGCGACGGACCCAUGCUGGCCAACGUCUCGGAGCUGGAGCUGCCGUCGGACCCCAAAUGGGAGUUCCCUCGGACGCGGCUCACUCUGGGCAAACCUCUGGGGGAGGGCUGCUUUGGUCAGGUGGUCAUGGCCGAGGCGGUGGGCAUCGACAAGGAGAAACCCAACAAGCCACUUACAGUCGCUGUCAAAAUGCUGAAAGACGACGCGACGGAUAAGGACUUGUCGGACCUGGUGUCGGAAAUGGAGAUGAUGAAAAUGAUCGGCAAACACAAGAACAUCAUCAACCUGCUGGGAGCGUGCACGCAGGACGGUCCCCUGUACGUCCUGGUGGAGUACGCCUCCAAAGGCAACCUGAGGGAGUACCUGCGGGCGCGGCGCCCGCCGGGGAUGGACUACUCCUUCGACACCUGCAAGAUCCCCGACGAGCAGCUCACCUUCAAAGACCUGGUGUCCUGCGCCUACCAGGUGGCCCGGGGCAUGGAGUACCUCGCCUCGCAGAAGUGCAUCCACAGAGACCUGGCAGCAAGGAACGUUCUCGUGACGGAAGACAACAUUAUGAAAAUCGCCGACUUCGGCCUGGCCAGAGACGUGCACAACAUAGACUACUACAAAAAGACCACAAAUGGUCGUCUGCCUGUGAAAUGGAUGGCUCCGGAGGCUCUGUUCGACCGGGUCUACACGCACCAGAGCGAUGUGUGGUCUUACGGGGUUCUGCUGUGGGAGAUCUUCACCCUGGGGGGCUCGCCGUACCCGGGGAUCCCCGUGGAAGAGCUGUUCAAGCUGUUAAAGGAGGGCCACCGGAUGGACAAACCCGCCAACUGCACACACGAACUGUACAUGAUCAUGAGGGAGUGCUGGCACGCGGUGCCGUCGCAGAGGCCCACCUUCAGACAGCUCGUAGAAGACCACGACCGGGUUUUAUCCAUGACCUCAACCGACGAGUACCUGGACCUGUCGGUGCCCUUCGAGCAGUACUCGCCCACCUGUCAGGACUCCAACAGCACCUGCUCCUCGGGGGACGACUCCGUGUUCGCCCACGACCCGCUGCCCGACGAGCCCUGCCUCCCCAAGCAGCUCCCCAGCAUCGGGGUGAUUAGGACAUAAAAACCCCUAACCCAGCUCCAGGAGGAGGGAGGAGGUCGGACAUUCGCCUCCUCUCACAGUCUGCCGGCGAAUGGCUAUCUCAGUGACUAAAGCUCCUCAAAAUAACGAGAGGACAAACUCCGCAUGCAAUACUUCCAACAGCUCUUCGGCUGGUCUUAAACUCUUGGUCGACCGUCUUUUCGAGCGACGUCUUUUUCCUCAUCCUUGGCCCCCAAGAGACUCGGCAUUGAAGGAUUUUUUUUUUUUUCUGUUGAAUCAUGUUUGUGUUCUUCUUUCCAGAAAAAGAUAUUCUAUUUUUGUACUCGGGCCAGUCUUUUGUUACGGACAGUGUGUUGAGGGGAAACCAUUCCGUGCCUACUGGGAUUAAACCUCCUGAGACUGAGUUAAAAGAGGACGCGAGAGGAGGAAACGAAGGGCAUUGGUGGGUGACCAUUGGUGGGCGAGGACCACCGGUUUGGAUCCUCUCGUCUGCACGAAGCCCCCGAGGUGCGAACCGAGUCGGUGAUCCGGGACACAGUGAGUUCAGCUGAUACCAGCAAAGCCCUCAAUCAGCUCCACAACGGGACUUGUCACGGAAGACAGAGAGGAGUCCACGAAAACCCGAGUGUUUACUCGGGAACUUGUAAGCUAUUAUCCUCAUCCUAACAGUUUAGCGACAGUUGCCGAACAAAUUCCUCAAAGUUUCAGGGCCGUUCAUUGAUAAGUACACUAAGGUUUGGCGGACUUUUUCCACAUACAUAUAUAUAUCUAUAUAUAUAUAUAUACGUAUAUACGUAUAUAUACAAAAAUAUAUCUUAAAAAGUGAUUUAUUGUAAAUAUAUAAUUGCAAAUAUGUAUCAUAUUGCUGUUCACGGCCACGUGCAAAAAAGACAGAAAAAGACAUUUUUAAGAUAAUAUUUGAGGACGGAAGACACUGUCAUGUGCGUGUAAAACAUUUAAUCAUUUAAAGCGGCGCAGAAAAAAAGGGUUUAUUUGAAUAAUUAACAUGUAUAUUUGUAAAGGUAUUUAUAGACUUAAAAUGUGGUUUCUUAAGUUUGAACAGUCUAGCUUAGGAUUUUAGUACUGUACACAAAGAUUUUUAUUUGGACUUUUGUAACUUAUUUUAGACGGGACCCGCAAGGUUGGCGUCACAACUGGCAGACUCCUUUAGGUUUUGAUCCAUCGUUUUUAUCGGUUUGUUUACAGUUUGAAAAUGGGGAGAAGAAAAAAACAAUGAAAAAAAAAAGAAUGUACGAAGAAGAUGAUUUUUUUUUUCUUUUUUAAAGCAAAGUGCGAUGCAUCUGCCAGGAGAAGGAUUUGUGAAGCCAGAGCUCUUCCUGAUGGGAGCCGGAUGUUCGUAUUCUGGUUUUGACGACUAGAAAUUUUUGCAAUAUGUAAAGCAGCGAUCGACUCUUGCCAGGCAAGAAAUGAAAUAGCAGCGCUUCGAAAUAGAUAAGAACCUCAUCAAUCUUUUUUUUUGGGAUGGAUGGUCGACUUUUUUAGUCAUUUUCUUUGCAGGCUGUGAUUUUUGUAGAACUCUGGCAGGGAUUUUUCCUCUCACGCGAGCACCUUUCGCUAAUGACAUUUAAGGCUAAACUACAAUUCCCAGCUGCGGGCGUCAGAGAAUACCCGUUUGCUGCAGUGCAUGCUGGGGCUUUGAGUCCACCAGAGGCUCCCCUGCUCCCCGUCAUAGGGCAAGGGGCCAGAGAGAAAAAGGCUCACAACUUUUGAACCCUUCGGACGGGAGGUACCGCUGUUUGUUUUUUUGGUUUUUUUGUUUUGUUUUUCUCCAAGGUGCCUGUGAAGGAUUAGGUACUCCCUCUGCUCGAGUGCUGCUAAAGAGAAAAAAAAAGAUUUUUAAGAACUGUCCCGACGCCCGAAAUGGCAUCGCUGCUCAAUAAGUAUUAAACUGAAAUGAAGGAAAAGAAACUAAAAAUGUCUAGAUGCAGCAUAUCUUUAUCAGAGACCCUGUCUGUGGUAGGUCCCUCUUCGAGUUCGGUCUGCUGGAGAACAAAAAAGUGCCAAAUUAGUCUCUAAACGCUAUUCAACAGGUAUCUGAACUAAAUGAUGCGACGGUCAAAUAUAGGUGGGCGGAGCUCCAUGGGAUUCCCAAACAGAUAUUCCCAUCUUUUUGUUUUUGUUUUUAAAUAUGCAGCUGUCUCUUCAGCUGAAACCCCCUCAACUCCCCAAAAAAGAAAUUCUUUAAAAAUAGUAUAAGUAUUUUAAAUGAUGGGGACCCGUUACAGUGCAAUGGCCUCGUUCCGGAGAAUUAGCCAAAAUUUCUUUGGGGGGAAAUCGUGUGUAGAUGCCCCACAAUGUCAGUACUUGACUAAACCAUCCCAAAACAUGUAAAGUACUUCAAACUGCUUCAACUACACAUCAAUUCCUUUGUCCCACCGAUGGAGUUUUUGUCUUUUAUUUUUGGUACUUUGUAAAGUUCACGUCACACAAAGAUGUUAUUUCUGUUUUUUAGUGCCGGUUUUGGCCCCAAAUCCUAGAAGUGCCUCGAUUUAAACGGAAGAUUUGGUUCGUCCCGAUUUGCGUUUUGAAUGUACGAUUGCAAAAGAAAAUAAGAAUGAAAAGGAAACAAACGACGCGGAUGUAAAAAAAAAAAAAAAAGUAGUUCUCACGAGAAAGCGGGCCUGUUUUGCUUGUUAUGACUCUGCGAAUGAGACAAAAGAUUUUUAAGAAGCACUUCUGUAAGGGAUGGAUGGAUCUAAUGAAACGGAGGGUGUCUUGUUUUAUUUAUUCUUCCAUGCUGGGUAAAAGCUUUCCCUAUGGUGAGAGUAUUUUUUUAUUCAUGGCUGUCUGCUUUUCAGUGUUGUUUCCAUUCAAGAGCCAGAAGAAGAAGAUAAAUAUGAUGUAGUGUAGUCAUUUUGAGAGAUACUGAUGCGCCCCAUCAGGUUUUACUUCUGGUGUUUUUUUCUGUUGUAUUUUCUUUGAUUUCAUUUUAACACCCCCCCUCUCCCCCCGGCUUUUUCAUUAUUUUAUUUUUUUGUCUCCUUGUCCCAUCUGUCUGUAGAAUCACUUUUUGAAAUGAAUGUUGUUUUUAGCUUGCUAAGACUAACUGAUUCCUUCUGGGUAUUUUUAUGUCUCAACACUAAAGCAGAAUUAGAUUUGUUUUUUGUUUUUGUUCUUUUUUGUUUUAUGGUAUUAAUUUCCUCUGAAUAUAAAAUGAGAUUAAAAAUUGUCUUUAAGCCCGUCAAGUUUAGUUAAUUUAUUGAAGAUGUAAUAAUCGAUUGGAGAAAUAAGAGGCGUCAUUUGCACCGGCUGUGAAGGUAAAAAACAUCAGCGUCUGCCUUGAAACAUUAAAAAAUACUUUUAAAAUAUAUACGUCAAAAACAGCAAAUACAUUCAAUAGCGAACAUGUUUUCUUUGGCGUGGAGGGAAAAAAUAAGGGAGGGAUUAUUACUGUAUGUACAGUCAUGCAUAGCCCCCAAACCACCUGUGACUUAUUUAUUUCCCGUUCUAUUCAGCUACAAAACAAUCAGAACCGAAGAUAAGACUGGAGGAAGAGUGGUUUCCUUCCACACAUAUAACAGCUAUGGAUAUUUUCUCUCAUUCUUUCUUUUGUGCCGCUUCUCCCACGGUCGGAAUGUUAGUUUUCACACAGCUUUUCUCUUUUUUUCCACCCGAUCCCAGCUCUGAUCCUGUGAUUGGAUCGUCAUAACUUCUCCUGUAAGAACCCCAGAGAGGGGAGGAGACGCUCUUCUUCCACCAUGUUUCUUUUUGCAUUCCACUUCCAUUUUAACCAGAAUAAUAAGACAAAAUCCUGUUUGCUCUUCUGAUUUUUUUUUUUUUUUUUCU